CAACAACAACAGCUCGUCAGACACCUCGGUAGCUUUCUAGCAAACAUAGCUACAACAUUCACGCUCUUUACACUGUUUUGGUGUAUAUUAGUCGCUGUGUAUUAAACACACUUCUGUCAUAUGUACUUGUUGGCCCAUUUUAUUAUAUAUUUACGUUGUUUGUCAGCUAGCUGGUUUGCUAAGUUAACUUAGAACUAGGCUAGUCGCUAAUGCUAGCUAGCUAACAUCCCCCGACCAUGAGUUCACUAAGCUACUCUCCUUCUGAUAAAGAAGAGGUCUGCUGGACGGAGAAAGAAGCUCUUGUGAAAGAGGAGAAGGAAGAGGAGGCUGUUACAAUACAAAAACAAGUAGAGGGUGAGGCUGUUACUGUGAAAGAAGAAGAGAAAUACGUUACAGUGAAAGAAGAGGAAGAUGCGUUCACAGUGAAAGAGGAGGAUAUUACAGUAAAAGAAGAGGAUGCAGUUUUUGAAGUGAAAGAGGAGGAGGGGGAGAUGACUGUCACAUUGGAGGAAGAAGAGGAGGUUGGAGAUCUGUUUAAUACCAGAGAGAGACGUGACUAUUGUGGAUCCUCUGGGGAGCCUCAACAACCUCAUGAUGCUGACAAGGCAAAGAAGAGUCUCUCCACAUUAGAACACCUCAAGAAACACCAGCAGAGAUCCAAAGGGAAGAGGACUCACUGCUGCUCUGAUUGUGGGAAGAGAUUCACCUCAUCAGGCAUGACAAUGCAUCAGAGAAUCCACACAGGAGAGAAACCUUUUGGUUGUACUCAAUGUGGGAAGAGUUUUACUCAGUCAACCAGCCUGAUAUCACACCAGAGAACACACACAGGAGAGAAACCUUAUAGCUGUACUCAAUGUGGGAAGAGUUUUACUCAGUCAACCAUCCUGAUAUCCCACCAGAGAACACACACAGGAGUUAAACCCUAUAGCUGUGCUCAUUGUGGGAAGAGUUUCACCUCCUCAAAAGUCGUUAAAGUGCAUCAGAAAAUCCAUACAGGAGAGAAACCUUUUAGCUGCUCUGACUGUGGAAAGAGUUUUCUUCUCUCAGGACAAUUAAAAUCACACCAGAGAACACACACAGGAGAGAAACCCUGUAGCUGUGAUCAAUGUGGGAAGAGUUACACAACAUUUAACAAUCUGUUGGUACACCAGAGAACACACACAGGAAAGAAACCUUAUUGCUGUGGUCAAUGUGGGAAGAGUUUUACUCAGCCACAUACCCUGAAAUCACACCAGAGAACACACACAGGAGAGAAAUCUUAUAGCUGUGGUCAAUGUGGGAAGAGUUUUUCUUGGCCACACACCCUGAUAUCACACCAGAGAACACACACAGGACAGAAACCUUAUAGCUGUGAUCAAUGUGGGAAGCAUUUUACUCAGUCAAGCCACUUGAUAGCACACCAGAGAACACACACAGGAGAGAAACCACAUAGCUGUGCUCAAUGUGGGAAGAAUUUUACUACAUCUAGCCAGCUAACUACUCACCAGAGAACACACACAGGAAAUAAUCCUUAUAGCUGUACUCAAUGUGGGAAAAGUUUUACUCAGUCAAGCCAUCUGAUAUCACACCAGAGAACACAUACAGGAGAGAAACCUUAUAGCUGUGAUCAAUGUGACAAGAGAUACUCUGAUAAAAGAUAUCUGAUUAAUCAUCAGAAAAUACAUGCAUGAAGGAGUUUUUUCAUUAUAUCAAACAUUGUAGAAUGAGUAUUUGGUUGCUGAUUGUCUCAAGGGUGGGCAGUCAAAAAGUUUUGUGUUUUGCUUUUACCCAGUGCAUCACAAUUUAUUUUGACUGCAAGUUUUUCUGUAUUGGAGAUGAGUUUUGUUUGGGCUCGUUCGAAGGGGACGAGAGUUCAAGAAGCUAGUGAGUUUUAGGAAGACAAGAGUUCUCGAAGCAAGUGAGUUUUAGGAAGAUGAGAGUUCUAGAAGCUAGUGGAGUUUUUUUUGCUAAAUUUGUUUUAGGAUUCUAUAGAAAGGAAAAGGUGAGAAAUAAUACUAUUGUAUAUUAUUAUUUGGAAAUAAAUGUUUUUUUCUUGUUUUUAAUUGUUGACAGCCAGUAGACACCAUGUUAAUAUUGUAGAAUGUGAAGCAUUGUAGUUGAUUAUAAUGUGAAAUGGAAGUUGUUUUCUGUUGGUGGUGCGCAAACUUUUCCAACAAAAAUUUUGGAUAUAUUUGUUGUUGUCUUAAAGGGGGAAGGUGUUACUGGCUUUGGUUUUUCCAUUUAUGUUUUGAGGUUGGACUUUGAGGUCAUUAGCACGUCUAGCUCGUUAGCACUUAGGGCGCACUGAUUGGUGUCACCUCGUUAGUCAGUAUGUGUUAAACCUGUUCUUUUGUUGGCUGUUACUGUUUACUCUGUUUAAUCUUAUUUGCAGGUGCAUGACAACAAUUAAACAAGAUGAAGGAAAAAAGGAAACCGCACACUGCUAUUGUUGAUAGUAUCACCGAUAUUUAAUAAGUGACUUUUAUGUCCUAGUUGUUGUUACUAGUCAACUUUCAGUGGACUCCGAGAGAGCAAAAAUUGCAAGAUUAUGUUAUAAUACUUUUAUUGCAUCAAGUGGCUGUUUUAUGCAACAGAAUAGAGGGUUCUUAAUAACUAUUGUGUCUGUGUGUUCUACUGAGGAUGGGCCUCUGGGAGAUAACACUUACAGGGGAUUUACAAUGUCUUUUGGGUGAUAAAACUUAGACGGCAUUCCAGAGCAUGAGUUAAUGUUUCUGUUCUAUAUGGUACCAGGGAGAGAUGACCUCAGGGCCAGACCCUUCUCUCUACACAAGGAUCUUGGCUGUAAAAGAUCGUUGUACUUUUGUAUCGGGGCUCUCAACAAAUCAUCUGGGGGUGAUAUGUCGACCAGCCAUCAUUAUUGUAGAGCACUCAAUUGAUUCACUUUAUAUGUGUAUGUUGUAUUGACCUGCUCCCUUAUUAAGUGAAUAAAGAUUUAGUUUAAGAAAAA